CUUAGAUUACUACUUCAUUCUUGAACUAAUUUUCGGUUGUUUGUGAUGGAAUUGCACAACAUACUUCACUUUCUUGAAAACAAAAGCAUUCUUCUCACUGGUGCCACUGGCUUUCUUGCAAAGGUUGUGAUUGAGAAGAUAAUUAGGGUUCAACCAAAUGUGAAGAAGCUAUAUCUUCUGCUGAGGGCCGCUGAUUCUUUAUCAGCUUUACAUCGUUUUAAUACGGAGGUGAUGGAGAAGGACUUGUUUAAGGUAGUGAGGAAGAAAUAUGGACCAAAACUGGAUUCUCUUAUCCAGGAAAAGAUUACUGUAUUAUCCGGCGAUAUUACUCUUGAUUGUUUGGGAUUACAAAACUCAUAUUUGGAAGAGUUAUUUGGACAAGUGGAAAUUAUCAUCAAUUUAGCUGCAACUACUAAUUUUGAUGAAAGAUAUGAUUUUGCGCUGGGAGUAAACACGAUUGGAGCGGCAAAUGUUUUGAGUUUUUCGAAGAAAUGCAGAAAAUUGAGAAUGUUCCUUCACGUAUCUACUGCGUAUGUGAGUGGAGAGAAGGAGGGUCUUAUUUUGGAGACGCCACUGAAAUUGGGUGACGUAUUAGGACUGGAUAUCGACAUGGAAAAUAAAAUUAUCCAACAAAAUCUGCAACAGUUACGCGCUGAUGCAGCCACACAGAAUUACACUACAUCAGUGAUGAGAGAUUUAGGUCUUCAAAGAGCAAGGAAGUAUGGGUGGCCAAAUACUUACAGUUUUACAAAGGCAAUGGGAGAAAUGGUGUUGGGACAAUUCAAAGAGAAUAUACCUCUUAUAAUUAUUCGCCCUACCAUCAUAACAAGUACCUUCAGGGAACCUUUCCCCGGUUGGAUUGAAGGGGUCAGAACCAUUGAUGCUUUCAUAGUUGGAUUUGGAACAGGCAAAUUGACUUGCCACCCAGGCGAUCCCCGAACUACAAUAGAUUUGAUUCCAGCAGACAUGGUGGUGAAUGCUAUAAUGGUAUUAAUGGCAUCACACGUGAAUGAAACGACACAUAUGAUUUGCCACGUGGGAUCAUCGUCAUCAAACCCAGCGCCAUAUCACCUCGUUCGAGACAGCAUUGUUCAUUUCUUCAUAGAAAAUCCAUGGAUCGCCAAAGAUGGCAAGCCUGUCGUUGUCAGAAUGGGACCGCAGUUGGCUACUCGGGUUGCUUUUCGAAGAUAUGCGGAACUCCAUUAUUUGAUUCCCAUUAAGAUUCUAGGUGUUGUAAAUGCUGCAAGUUGGCGAUACUUUGAUACAACCUAUCUCGAUCUUUCUAGAAAGGCCGAGUUCGUGAUGCGGUUGGUCGAUCUAUUUAGCCCUUAUUUCUUCCUCAACAGAGUAUUCAACGACGCGAACGCUGAGAAAUUGAGAAGCGCGGCAAAGGAGCAUAUGGAAAAUGAGAUAUUCAACUUCAAUCCCAAAAGCAUAAAUUGGGAUGAUUAUCUCAAGCAGACUCACAUUCCUGGCGUCGUCAAAUAUGUUUUUAGACGUUGAUCUCCACAAAUAUCGUUAUUAAAUUAUAAUACUUGUAUUAAAU